AUGGAGAAACCAACAAGUACACGGCGAUCUGGCAAACAGUAUGCCGAAGUUUCACCCCUCGAGUAUCUAGAAUUUUCAUCAAAGUUGCAGUGGACCUCGGGGGCUCGCUCUGGUAGCAGCAGGCAAAGAAAAGUGGAUGGUGAAUCUGCUUUGGGCAUAAGUUCAGGCAUGAGGUCAAGAGCAAAUUCAAGUAACACAAAUUUAAACUACACACCAACAACCUUGACGGUUGGAAGCAAGAGCAGAAACUGCAGCCGGCAGAGCUUGGCCAGUAUUACAUCAACAGAGACAACUUCGACGGUUGGAAGUUUAUUGUCGAAGCUUCGCUUGAACGAAAACGGAGAUGAGGAAGGGUCUGGUCGUAUUAGCAGCCCGAUAUUAGAAGAUGACGAGUUGACGGCGGAAACUGAGAGUGCAUUCUCUCGUAAGGGCAGCAGGGAGAGUAAGGGCAGCCGGCAGAGCAAGGGUGUUUACCUGAGGUCGGACGGGCGAUCGACGGCCUGCGAGAGUGUUCCAGCGGGAGCUAUAGCGAUUCCUGCGAGUCGGUUUCGGUCUCUGAGGCCAGUUUUCGAAUCUCUGAAAAAGAAGGAACUCGAGGACAGUGCGGCAAGGUCGGCAAUGGCGAUGGGGAACAAGAUAGGGACAGUGGAGAACGAGCUGCCGAUAUAUAACAGUGCGGAGGACGUGCAGUCGAUCCAUGUUCACCCGUUCCGACUCAGCGAGUCGAGUAUGGACAGUCUUUCUACAGCAGGCGGGUCGAAUCGAAGCAGCGACGUAGAUUCGGUUGCAAAGAACGCUGCAGACGUCGAGUCGACCGACUCGUGCUACAGCUCGAGCACAGACAGAAGCUGGAGACACAGCUACCGGAGUGUGGAAGUGAUGAACGGUAAUGUGGACAGCAGGGACGAUAUUGAGACCAUCGACGGCAGCAGAUUCGACAGCGAGACGCCGAAGGUGAGUCCGAGGAAGUCCAAGGCUGUGAGCAUAUCCAUGAAGAAGGCCGCAGGGGUCCACGUGGUCAAGACUGACGUUUUACAGCAUCCAUCUGUGACUCCCCACCAGAAACCCAGGAAGAUGUACGUUCACGUUCAUUCGUUCUCGAACCCGGUCGAUACAACUACCGUGAGGGAGUCAUACGACUCGAUGCAGUCUAUAACACCUCUCAGUAAAACUUUCCACCACCGGUUCUACCAUGCAACGGCCCCAAGUCCUGUGACAAAUGAGGAAUCGCCAGAUUCGAACUGGGGGAUGCCACUGGGCAGCUACCCUGUCCAUUCGGCCACAGAACGCCCAGAAAUCUACCCUGCUCCUCCCAUGAUGAGGACGCCGUCGAGAUCGCGGUCUUUUUCGAGUGGCGAUGCCGAGUUCAGGGCCCGGACUGUGUUGAAAAAUGCGAAGAGACAGAGAGAGAUCGUCCAGUACUGCGAGCAGCCGGGCCCAGAACCCCUACCGGGUACCGGGAGUCCUGCUGGGAUGAAUUUUGACACGUUGUCGGCAUUGCCGACGCACUCCGGGCCAGUAUUGGUCGAACACAUGCCUGCAUCCAUGCGUCGUGUCUCGCUUGAGGUGCAGGAGCCGGCUGUUUGUUCCAGGAACAGCAACAGGGAUGUUUGUCCGUCUUCUCCAAGACCGGAGGUCCCACUGCCGCGGCAGGUGAGUCUGAAGAAGCUAAGGGGGGAGAAGGGAAAUGAAUGGAAGGGGAAUGAAGGGAAGAGGAAUGAAGGGAAGGGGAAUGAAGGAAAUGAAAAUGAAUGGAAAGGAAAUGAAGGAAAUGAAAAUCAGCAAAAAGUAAAUCAGGAAGCAGAUUACAAACAUCACAAACAUCACCAUCGCCACCACACUCAUGCCUACAGGGAGCUCGUCAAAGCCAGCACCACGCAGUGCUCGAUGCAGACAAUGGCCUCGUCCAAUACCACAAAGAGCACCCCCAACCCACUCAGAGCCUCCUGUGACAUCACGCAAAGCACAAACACCACCCGGAAGUCGUCGACGUCGUCGUCGUCAUCGUCUGCAAAACGUGUUUUAAGGAAUAACACAUCUUCGUCCGGCCUCUCGACGGAGUCGGCCUCGCUACCAUCGUCCACCUCCGUAUCUUCAGCAUCCCCGUUAGAGCCGGCACCACAGAAGCUGGCUCCGAUCAGCAUCCCCUCGUCUCCUCCCUUGCGGGCACACACGCAUGCCCGGAUCAGGUCCACGUCGAGUUUCACCACAAAGCCACUUCCGCCCCAGCAGGAGUCGCCGAUAUGGAAGAUCCGUGAUUCGUUGCAUCUGGAUACCGGGUGUUUCCCAAGGGGCCAGGUGGGAAACUCUGUUGGAGUUCCAGGCUCGGCAAGAAGCAGCAUUUCCGGCAGCUUCUCGGCCAACUCGCCUCAUACGCCCUCUGCGUUGCAAACCAGCUUUUCCGCCGAUACACGGGACACAGGUACACGUUCUGGAAGCUUCCAGCAACCGGCAUCGGCUCUCACGGCAGAAUCCAGAGUGUCCAUGGCCAUCGCGUUGCGGAAAUCAGGAAACAGCCGAGAGGCCACUCACCAGCUGCGGAUCGCGGCUUCCCAGGGAAAUAUAGAGGCCAUGUUUUUGUAUGGGCUCUCCUUGCGGUACGGGUACGGGGUUCCGAUCCAGGAGAGAGAGUCCUUUCUCUGGAUAUGCGACUCGGCAAACAUCAUUCCGGACACCAGCUACAACUUCGAGGUUUCGCCAAAGAGGAUCUUGAAACAGCUGGCACAGCCCGGCAGUGCACUAACUCCGCAAGAGCCGCAGACCUCUGUCUACUUCGAGAUUGGCCAGGCGUAUCUGCACGGCUGGGGCUGUGCUGUCAGCAGGCGGCAGGCGUUGCAGUUCUUCGAACUUUCUGGAAGCCUUGGGUACACGGAUGCGAUGUGUGAGGCUGGCAAGAUGUGGACGAGCAAAAAGCUAAAUGGAGAGAGGCGGGAUCUCGCCAGGGCAGCGACCUGGUUCCGGCUUGCCGAGAAGUGCGGUGCCGAGCUUUUAGGUAGCAGAUGGUUCCACAAGAAGAGAUACGAUUAG